CUAUUCAGAUUGAAAAUUUCCGGUCUUAUGGGUCCGAACAUGUAAAGAUCCGAUCUUCUUCCUGGUUUUUAAAUUUGGCUCCGGUCCAAUCCAGUUAGGUGUUGGACCGGUGCUCAGCCCGUAGCACUUCUAAGUUCUAACUCAGACCUCUAGUGCAGAACUGAAACUCGCCGGAAUGGAUACCGAAGUUCCUUCCACCGAUAACAACGUGUCAUCGCUUCCGGGACCGGCGGCAGAAUUUCCGUCGCCCGAGAUCAACGCGUCCUCAAGUGCGGCACCGAUUCCGCCGAUUUCUACGUCGCCGAAGCAGCGAGAUAAGCCAUGGCACACUUAUAUAUCGGAGGAUCUGCCUCGCACGGUCCAAGAGUCCACGGAUUCCGCCAUUCGCUCGGCGCGUUCGUUCCAGAACUCCUCCUCCUUCCACCUUCGCACUCUACAGGAUUUUCUCCCACGAUUAAGUUCACAGUAUAGAGCUUAUGAAGAUGUUUUCUUCAAGAAAGUUAAAGAUGAGAUAAUUAGUGCAAGAGAGCAUCCAACUCUAGCUGGUGGAAUUGUUGUUGCUAGUGCCCUCAUGCUCAUGAGAGGACCAAGAAGAUUUAUAUUUCGCAAUACUCUAGGUCGUUUUCAAAGCGAGGAGGCACGAUUUAAUAAAGCAGAAAUGAAAGUGAAAGAAUUGAGUAUUUCCGUUGAUUUAAUGAAGAAUGAGAGCAAAAAACUACUUCAAAGGGUGGCUCGUGCUCACGAGGAUAUGACGCAUGGCCAUUCGGAACUCAUGAAUGCUGGAGCUGGUAUUCAAAGUCUGACAAAAGCUGUUAACAAGGCAGAAGCUCAAGCUACUGAUUUGAUGGACCUGCUGCGGGAGAUUCCAGGAAGAGAGCCUAUAAAACUAAGAGCAGAGGUUGCUUCUAUGGCAUCACAUCUCCGACAACAGAAGAAAGCAUUGGGCAAAAGAAUUGUUAAGAUUUCGGACAUGGGCGUUCCGGUGUGACAACCUUUUUGUUUUUUGGUUGGUAAUCUCAACCAUUAGAUAUAUCAGUAAUUUUUUUUUGGUGCUUCAAAAGAUGAUUGUGAUAUAACUUUUCAUUGCAAGCUAUGCUCCCUAUUUUGCUAUUUGGCCUUUUGAAAAUGGGAAGAAAUAGGAUAGUCUCCUUGGGCAUGCUCGAACUAAAGCCAUGUUCUCUUU